CCUCGACUUGCUUUCACCAGCAGGGUUUGCACUUCUCCUACUGGCAAUCCUGCAGUCGAAAGAUGGAGUGGUGGUUUCCUUCGGGUUGGUUUGCAGUUCCUUCGUAGCUAUAUCACGGGGAUCAACAUUCAGAAGCUACUUCCUUCCACAUGGUGAUGUUUCAUCUCCGUCGGUUGCAAAAGGAAACCUCCUGGCCUAUAGGACUUACUUGGCGAUGCUCCUGGUGAUGGCAAAGAAAGGAGUUUGGGUUUUGGAGCAACCAUUUUCCAGCUUGGUCUUCAGGAUGGAUUGUUUUCAAAAAAUGUGCCGUACCACCAAAGUAUUCAAGCAAUCCUUUUGGAUGCGUGGUUGGGGUAGCAGCACAGCCAAGAGGACAACCCUGUGGGCAAACUCCAGUGCGGUGAGGUUCUUUUCCACCACCAAAAAAGCCAAGGGGAAGAAAUCUUCUAAGAAGCUGGCCGACAUCUACUAUGAUGCAACGGGGCGUAAGCGGUACAAAGGAAAUAAAGCUUUGCGUGCCAGCCAGCAAUAUCCAAUUGGAUUCGGCGUUCGAUUUGCACAAACAGUGAAGCACCUGAAGAAUGAGAGGUCUCCACUCCUAGACCAUUCUUAUGCUCCUUGUUCCUCGUUCAUCAGGAAUUUCGAUGUGAUGCCUGGGAAAGGGCACAGAUGCCGGAAGUUCAACAGGAGUGGUAGGUCAAGGAUUUUGGCCGUAAUGGCUUCCAAACCUUUACAAACGUUUCCAUCUCGGCAAUGGUCAUGUAGUACCCUGUUGCGGGGGUCAUCUUUCCUUUCUGAACAGCGAGCUGCUCACAAAGAUAUGAACUGCGAUGAUCUUCUGAGUGCUGCCAGAGCACGCUUGCAGAAGCUGAAGGCGCAAUCCAUAGCUUUCUCUCCUGCAGCAAGCUUUGCCGCCGGGAGCUUUGAGACACCGUCACCCAAGCAACCCACCACAGUGCAGAGAUGCCCCAGUGAUGGACCAGAUCGUCGUGUUCCCUGCAAGUCCCCAGAACUUCCCAAUUCGAAGGACAAGACGCAGUUUCGUGCAGCCACAGCUGACUUGGCCAGUGCUUGUGAGGAGGCCCUGCAGCCGGAUGAAGUGGAGCCACGUACCAAGAAGGCCAUGGGGACAACCCUUGCGAUACCUGGGGAUAACCUUCAAGAUUCUCGACCAUGA